UGAAAUACAACUUGGAUUAUUGAUGCCACGUGGAUCUUUCAUCACUACCCCCCUUCCCACUCUCUCUUCACCUUCGUUUCGCAGGUUUCGACAAUUUCUGGAGAUCUAGUUAGCAACUUUAAAAAUGCCCGUCGGAAUUGAAGCUUGGUUGACCCAGAUUCCACCAAUAACGCGUGCUUGGCUAGCACUAUCUGUGGCCACGAGUUUAGCAGUGCAAUGUCAGCUCGUGACGCCUCUGCAACUGUAUUUUAGUUUUAAAUCCGCUUUUACCAAUGCGCAACCGUGGCGCAUGGCCACGACAUUCUUUUACUUUGGAUCGAUAUCUCUCGAUUUCGUAUUCCAUCUUUUCUUUUUCAUGCGAUAUAGUCGGAUGUUAGAAGAAUCCUCGUUUGCCAAUAGAAAAGCCGACUACUUUUGGUUGCUUCUGCUAUCAUCCGUGAUGUUAUUGGUCAUGUCACCCUUAUUCAACCUUCCAUUUCUCUCCUCCUCGCUCGCCUUCGUGCCCAUAUAUAUGUGGUCCCGUCGGCAUCCAUCAACGCCAAUAUCGCUUUUUGGAUUGUUCACAAUCUCAGCGCCGUACUUGCCAUUAGCCCUUGUAAUUUUCUCCUGGGUAAUAAGUGGAACAUGGAAGGCGGCGGCAGGAGAUCUAAUUGGGUGUGCGGUCGGUCACAUUGGAUGGUUCCUGCGGGAUGUCUGGCCAAGAGAGAUGGUCGGAGGGUACUCGUUCCUGACUGAGGCACCUGAUGGGCUGAGGAGAUUAUUCGGAGACCUCUGAGUCGAUCUUCAGUGUACUUGGCAUCUUUUAUUCCUUCCUGGGGCAGAGAGAGCGGCAUUGCUACUGAAAAAAUCAUUAUGAAUUCAUUGUUUCUAUGUUUGAUGAAGCAAUAUCCUUACGUGCUGCAGUCGGGACCGUGAUAGCGCCUUGUGUUAUCUAAACUCAUAUGUGUCAUACGUGUCAUUGUGCAUCAUUAGCUUCAGGCUCUGUCAAAACACUUUUCGUUGCUGUGAACGAAUCUCACCAUUGUUGUCUUG